AAAUAAAAAAGUUGGCAGUAAUACAACGUUAUGGAUGACGGCAACUGUGAAACUCAAACAAGCCUUUAUUCAUGUGUUGAUCUUGAUUUUUGUGGUUUUAAUCAAAUGACCUCUUUGGGCUCAGACACUGCACAGCUCAUUUUAUUUUAUUUAGUUUAUCAUAUUUUUAUUUAGUCAAGAAUUAAACAAAAAAAUCCCACAGUGAUGCACAGCACUGUCAUGACUGAUCUGUCUUGUUAAAUCGGUAGAAUGCACCACAGGUAAAUGUGACAUUUUCUGCGGCGUAUCGUUGGAACCGCUCGAUCGACGCGAUGGCUCAAAGAAAAAUGGAGAAAAGAUAUUUUACAGUAAACAGAAAUGGGAAAUGGUUUGCUCAUUCAGAAGGGAAGACAGGAAGUCGUGGGACCUGCACCAGCACUGGGGUCAUGUUGGACCAAGUCUCAACCUCGUUGCCCCAGGCUUUGAAAUUUGAACGUUAUACUAAAUUAAAUACUACGCAGGAAUUCAGGGACUAUCCAUUCUCACGGCACGAUAACAAACAUGCUUUAAAAGAAAAUAUUACUGUUUUUACAGAGGGUGUGGGGAAGAAGAAAUGUCUCGAUGAUCGCAGACAACACAACUCACAGAUCACACUGUGCCAUGAUAGAGUCGAUGGCAUCCCCCAAAUGGCUGGGAGCCGCACAACUUACCAGGCUGACUUUAUAGAGAAGGAAGCUGUCGACGCUCCAAAUGAGACCAGACGGUUCCCUCACAACCACAGGCUUAGAUCUGAAAGGGCAGCGCUCGCACUGACAGAUGACAAAUACAUGUGGUUCGGUCGUCAAGACCAGGAAGAUAUAGAGACGCUGGAAUUGCUCGCAGCUACAAAGUACUGAGAUACGGAGGCGAAUGCAGGAACUUUGACAGCCAUCAGGGACGGUAUCAGAAAAUAAAAAAAUCUCAGGUUUUUACAUAACAUUUUCUCCUAGUUGAGAAUACUUUUUUUUUCAACAGAUGUAAUUAAUGUAUAUUUUAUUUUAUAUUUGAAAAAGUGGUUUGUUAUAUCUUUACAAGGGCAGUUGAGCAAUGCCGUGGAUGCCUACAGCAGGAAAAAAAUAACUAACGCAUUGACUGAAAUAAAAUAAUGUUUUCUUUGUAAACCAGGAAAAGGUGGCAGCUUUAGGCACAUGUAUGUGUAUGUGUGUGUUUGUGAGGACGUGGGUAAAUGUAGGAAGCGUGGGAGCGAAUGACGAGGAACACUUCUCAGAGAAAAGCACUUAAGUGAAAAGUAUCCUUCUUCCUUUUUCUUUUCUCCCUCUCUCCUCUCUGACACACACACACACACACACACACACACACACACACACGACCUAUGUGUCUCUCUCCAAUAGCUGGUGUUUUCUCCAGAGCAUGUUCGGAGCAGCUGCCCACUUUCUUUAAGUACUCACUGGAGAGAUGGGCUUUUCUUUAAAGCUUUAAAGCUUUUAAAA